CUUGGGCUUGCCCAGCACGCCGUGGAGCUCCCAGCACCAGUUCUCGGGCGCACCAUCCCCCACGGGUCGCUCAGCGUCCGCGACUCUCGCUAGGUCAUGAGCAGACUUUCCUUCAACGCCCGGGUCGGGUCUGUCCGGAGACCCAGCUCUCCUGGGCAGGCGCGUCGGCACGUCCCCUGCAGCGUCCCUCCUCGGCCGGGCGCCCUGCACGCGGCCAGUGGACCAGGCGGCGCGCGGGCGCCUGGGGAGGCCGCAGCAGGAGCCGUCGGAACGAGCCCCUCGGGGAUCCCCGGCUUCCUCCUCGCGCCAGCGUCGCGGUCGCCCCGGCGCCGGGAGCCCUGCGCAGCAGCCCGGCUGACCCCAGACGUUUUGGGACCUGUUGAGAAUAACAUGGGUGAUGGCUGCCCUCAGAAGCUGGCAACUGUGAAUAUUCUCCGCUUCCUGUUGCUGGUCUUGAUUCCAUGUAUCUGUGCCCUCGUUAUCCUGCUCGUGAUCCUGCUUUCCUUUGUUGGAACAUUAAAAAAAGCCUAUUUAAAAUCAAAUGGGAGUGAACCUUUGGUCACCGAUGGUGAAGUCCAGGUGUCUGAUAUUAUUCUUACAAAUACUAUUUGUAACAAGAGCACUGUGACAUCUGCUACACAUCCCAAUGAGCACAUUCCAGCCUGGACCGCGGAUGCUCCUCUCCCAGGGGACCAAACUCACAGGAACGCAAGUGCCUGUGUGGACAUCACCCACAGCCAGUGUCAGAUGCUGCCCUACCGCACCACGCUCACACCUCUCUUCUCCUUUGUCAAAACCAUGGAAAUGGAGAAGUUCCUCAAGUUCUUCAUGUACCUCCAUCGCCUCAGUUGCUAUCAGCAUAUCUUGCUUUUUGGUUGUAGCCUCGCCUUCCCUGAGUGCAUCGGUGAUGGCGAUGACAGUCAUGGACUCCUGCCCUGUAGGUCCUUCUGUGAAGCUGCAAAGGAGGGCUGUGAAUCAGUCCUGGGGAUGGUGAAUGCCUCCUGGCCGGACUUCCUCGCGUGCUCCCAGUUUAGAAACCAAACCGAAAGCAGCAACGUCAGCAGGAUUUGCUUCUCACCGCAACAGGAAAAAGGAAAGCAAUCGCUGUGCGGAGCGGGCGAGAGCUUUCUGUGCACCAGCGGCAUCUGCGUGCCCGGGAAGCUGCGCUGCAACGGCCGCAACGACUGUAACGACUGGAGCGACGAGGCGCACUGCAAUUGCAGUGAGGAUUUGUUUCACUGUCACACUGGCAAGUGCCUUAAUUAUAGCCUUGUAUGUGAUGGAUAUGAUGACUGUGGAGACCUGAGUGAUGAGCAGAACUGUGAUUGUAAUCCCACAAAGGAGCAUCGCUGUGGAGAUGGGCGCUGCAUUGCAAUCGAGUGGGUGUGUGACGGUGACCAUGACUGUGUGGAUAAGUCUGACGAGGUCAAUUGCUCUUGUCACAGCCAGGGUCUGGUGGAGUGCAGGAGCGGACAGUGUAUCCCCAGCGCUUUCCAGUGUGAUGGAGACGAAGACUGCAGGGAUGGCUCUGAUGAGGAGAACUGCGGGGGCGGUCAGACUCCAUGUCAAGAAGGCGACCAACAGUGCCUCUACAGUUCCUGCCUUGAUUCAUGUGGCAGUAGCUUCCUUUGUGACCAGAACAGCAGUCUAAGUAACUGUAGUCAAUGUGAACCAAUUACCUUGGAACUCUGCAUGAAUUUACCCUACAACCAUACAAAUUAUCCAAAUUACCUUGGCCACAGGACUCAAAAGGAAGCAUCCAUCAGCUGGGAAUCCUCUCUUUUCCCUGCACUGGUUCAAACCAACUGUUACAAAUACCUCAUGUUCUUUGCUUGCACCAUUUUGGUACCAAAGUGUGAUGUGAACACAAGCCAGCGUAUCCCACCUUGCAGAGCACUGUGUGAGCACUCCAAAGAACACUGUGAGUCUGUUCUUGAGAUCGUGGGCCUUCAGUGGCCGGAAGACACAGAUUGCAAUCAAUUUCCAGAGGAAAAUUCAGACAACCAAACUUGCCUAAUGCCUAAUGAAGAUGUGGAAGAAUGCUCACCUAGUCACUUCAAGUGUGGCUCUGGACGGUGUGUUCUGGCUUCCAGAAGGUGUAAUGGGCAGGCUGACUGUGAUGACGACAGUGAUGAAGACAACUGUGGCUGUAAAGAGAGAGAUCUUUGGGAAUGUCCAUCCGGUAAACAAUGUUUAAAGCACACAGUCAUCUGUGAUGGGUUCCCAGACUGCCCUGAUGCCAUGGAUGAGAAAAACUGUUCAUUUUGCCAAGACGAUGAACUCGAAUGUGCAAACCACGACUGUGUGUCCCGUGAGCGUUGGUGUGAUGGUGAAGCCGACUGCUUGGACAGUUCUGAUGAGUGGGACUGUGUGACCCUCUCUAAAAAUGUGAGCUCCCCUUCAUUCCUGACGGCUCACAGAUCUGCCAAAGAACACCAUGUGUGUGCGGAUGGCUGGCAGGAGACGUUGAGUCAGCUGGCCUGCAAGCAGAUGGGUUUAGGGGAACCAUCUGUGACCAAAUUGGUGCAGGGACAGGAGCAAGACCAGAAGUGGCUGACAUUACACUCCAACUGGCAGAGCCUCAAUGGGACCACUUUACAUGAACUGCUGGUAAAAGGGCAGACUUGUCAAAGCAGAAGUAAGAUUUCUCUUCUGUGUUCUAAACAAGACUGUGGGCGUCGCCCUGCUGCCCGAAUGAACAAGAGGAUCCUUGGGGGCCGAACAAGUCGCCCUGGAAGGUGGCCAUGGCAGUGUUCCCUGCAGAGUGAACCCAGUGGACACAUUUGCGGCUGUGUCCUCAUUGCCAAGAAGUGGGUCCUGACGGUUGCCCACUGCUUUGAGGGGAGAGAGAGCGCUGCCGUCUGGAAGGUGGUGUUUGGCAUCAACAAUCUGGACCACCCGUCGACGUUCAUGCAGACGCGCCUUGUGAAGUCCAUCAUCCUGCACCCUCGCUACAGCCGAGCGGUGGUGGACUACGACAUCAGCAUAGUGCAGCUACAUGAAGACAUCAAUGAAACCAGCUUCGUGCGGCCCGUCUGCUUGCCCGGCCCAGAGCAGUCCUUGGAGCCCAAUACAUACUGCUACAUCACAGGCUGGGGGCACAUGGGCAACAAAAUGCCUUUUAAGCUGCAAGAGGGAGAAGUCCGCAUCAUCUCUCUGGAGCACUGCCAGUCCUACUUCGACAUGAAGACCAUCACCACCCGGAUGAUAUGUGCCGGCUAUGAGUCCGGCACCGUCGACUCGUGCAUGGGCGACAGCGGAGGGCCACUUGUUUGCGAGCAGCCCGGAGGACAAUGGACAUUAUUUGGUUUAACGUCGUGGGGCUCCGUGUGCUUUUCCAAAGUCCUGGGGCCUGGGGUUUACAGCAAUGUGUCAUACUUUGUCGAAUGGAUUCAAAGACAAAUGUACAUCCAUACCUUUCUCCUAAACUAAUUCCAAAGAGAACCAGAGACUUUUGCCAGCUACAUUCAAAGAAAGUGGCCUUUUUGACUGUGGAGAACUUCCCGCAGAGAGCUGACCAGAAGCACUUUCCUUGGACCGCAAUGCUCCGCCGUGCCCUACGAAUUUUAGCGCUUGUUUUGGUCUAAUUUUAUGCAGUUUUCUUUCAACUUUAGUUUUCUCUGAUUUCAAGUUUAAUGAAAGUCUUUAAAAAAAAAACCCAAAAAAAACAAAGAAAAGCAGAUUUUGUUUUUUGCCAGGCCUAACCUUGACCUUAGCACAAAAUUUAUCAGCCCUGGAAUCUGGCAGGUGCUAGGAGAACAGGUUAUGGAACUCUUUCUUCGAGGCAGGAAGAGGACCCUGAGAUCCAGGAUGACUAAACUUUGCCAGUUUUUGUUUCUCGAGCACAGUGGCAAAUUGCAAUAUUAAUGCUAGAGACUUGCUUUUGCUUUUUUAUUAAAAGCCAAGAUAAUUUACAAGCUUAAAUGACUUACUAUUACUCUUCUCAAUUUUGCAGAAUUCUGAGAAUUUAUGAUGGACAGAGAUAAAGCACAAGUAGCAUCCAUUGAGGUAGCUGAAAUGGAAACAUAUUGAACACGAAGUCUUCAGACAUCAACAUUAGCACUCCUUAGAGGGCUGCAUGCUCUGAACUCAAAUCAAGGAUGUAACUUUAUAGAAAAGUCUCCACAGAACCUUCUCCAGAGCUGGGGUUUGUUCAAUGUGGAUGGGCUGACUGAGAUUUUAACGACUAGAAGAAUAUUCGUAGGAAACAUUUUGUUUUGCCUGUGCGACAGUGAAUUGAGAUUAAACUUUGCCAAAGGAGAACUUGCUUUAGACUGGAGAGAUUCAAUUUUUGAAGACGAACAUUAAAUUGCACCCGACCUCCAAUUCCAUAUUUUCCAACUUUCCUGCAUUCACGGGUAACAAUAGUCACAGAAAAGCAUCUCAAAGCACAGUGCAAGUUUGCCGGGAGUAACACAUUUUGUAAUUUUCCUUGAAACAUGUUUAAUAUCCAGUGUUGCUGCCAUUUCCUCCUGUUGAUAAUUAAAACAAAAAAUUUUUAAUGCUUUUAAGCACGAGGCCACUUUAUGCACAUCAAUCUCUCCCCACUAAAAAGCUUCAAACUACAGAUCUUCACAUGUAAGUAAUUUAGUUAGGCCUCCAUUUUGCAACAUCCAAAUGCCUUUUGAACAAGUAGGGGUCCCUACUAACCUUCACCAGCAAGCAACCCCCACCCAGACUGCCUCAGCAGAUUUUAUACAUGUAGUUUUCUACUCUUUUCAACGUGUCCACAUAUUUCGGUUUCAAAAAGUUGUCUUGACAUGUUCCAUGUUAUUCCUCUCCUAGUCUCUAGUUUGUGUGAACCUACUGAGAAUGUUGAAAUCCAGCAACAGAACUGUGGUCACAACUGGAUGGAAGUUGAAGAACAUUAUGUCAGUUUUGUUAUAGUUGUAGGAACAUAAACAUAUUUAAUGUCAUAGCUUUUAGCCUUGCUCAACUUCUGGUCAGUCAAGUGUACCUAUUGUACUUACUUUAAAUAACCUGCAAUAAAAUAAAAUGGCACAAUUUUUUUUAAUGGACAUGGAACAUAGAUAACAAGUCCCAGAAAACUGUGCCCCCCAUGAUACCUAUUGGCCCCCAGCCAUCAACCAAUCCGAAUUUACCUAUCUUGGAGCUCACUCACUUUCACAGAAUCGUGCUCCUUUAUUUUAGUUAAUGGAUGGCUUUUUGAAAUGAGAGGUUGCUAAUAGUCUUGAGUCACGUAAGUGUCCAAAGAAAACUUUAAUCCUGGUAAGAGUACAAGGUUCUUUCAUGUCUAUAGAGUACAUUUUGGAAGCCUGAAACAAUUCUUUCAUAAAUCUUUUGGGAUAAAAUUACACCCCAAGAGAUAUAUUAUUAAUCAAUUUUUUUUCUGGCUCCAAGAAACAAGGAUCUAAUGCUUGGUCCUCUCAAAUUUGGGAAAAUAUAUUGAACACCAAAAUGCAAUAACUUAGCGUAAAAGUUACUGACUUGUAAAUGAGGCCUGUUAAGGACUUACUAUAGAUCCCAAAUCUCUAGGGUUAGUUGUGUUUCGGAAUCCAGAAUUUUUCAGAAUCUAAAGAAUAUAAUACACUUUAGGACCCAGGAAUACAACACAUUUUUAUAGCAAAAUAUCUGAAUAAUGACAUUAAAUAAAUAGCUUUACAUCUGUCUGUUAAUUUGUGCCUAAUUUAUGAAAAAACUCUCCAUUUCAGAGCUCUUGGGAUUUUAGAAAUGUGGAUAAGAGACUGCAGACUCAUAACAUGAACACUCAAGAGUUUCUUCUACUCUUACGUACAGAUUCUUGACAUCUGGAAACUUGACUUUUUUUUCUUAGUCUUCUUGGCUUAUUCUUUUUACUUUUACAUUCUAACCCUUUAUUGAUAUUCAGAGAAUGAAUGUCAGCUGCUAGGAGGAUAACAGAUGAUAUGACAUUACUGAUUCUUCCAUAGAAGAAAAGGCCAUUACAAUGUUCUGGUAAAAGGUGUGUUUUAAGAGUUCCUUCUAAGCUCUGGUAGCAAUUACUACUGGGUUCAGUGGUAUCUACAGGCGUGCUGACAGUUUUUGGUACACAUUAUUUAUUCAACAGUAUUUUAAAAAGUCAUUAAAAAGCAUAAAACAACCUCCAAUUAGCCAUGUGGGAUUUUGAAAGCUCUAGAAGUCAGUCUACAUAAAAGAAUAUUUGCAGUGGUAUCAGACAGUUACCAAAAAAAAAAAAAAAAAAAAAAAAAA